AUGACUGCGCGGAGGUUUCGCAAAAGAGGCGAAGUUACCUCCUACUUCGUAAUUGCUUUCUUUAUCGGUUUCAGCGCUGGUCUUAUUGUGCUUAUAGUGCAGAGUGAGCCGUCGUAUGUGUUUAAACCUCCUAACAAUCUUUCAAUGUACGCGGAGGGACUUCACGCUAGAAGCCCCGCUGGCCUUCUACAACAGCUCGUAAAUCUACACUGCGUUCUCGUUAUAACAAAGAAAGAGAAAGAUCCUUCGACAGAGGUGAAUGAAGCAAGGAUGACCUGGGCAAGCAGAUGCAAUUCGUUUUCGGUCACAAAUUCAAGCACCGCAAAGCCUUGGAUGAGUUCAGUUCUUGAAUCACUCACCUAUUACGGGGAGGCUGACUGGUUCUUACUAACCGAAGAUAUGACCUACGUCAUACCCGAAAAUGUGCGACUGUUCCUUUUGCCGUUUGCGAUGGAUAGCGCGAAGGCUCUAGUUUUUGGCAGUAAAACUGAGGAUAGUAUUUGGCCGUGUGUGCUGUUGUCAAAGGGAGCAGUGAGACGGAUGGGACAAGAGCUGCGGCAUACUCAAGUAUGCGGAAGUAAUAGUGACACAUCAGUAAAAUCUCUUCUGCUGUGCUUACGGUAUUUUAAAAUGGAAAUUCUCGACACAAGAGAUCGUCUGGGAAGGCACAGGAUCAUUCCAUAUCCUCCUAGUGAACUUUUGGAUGAAAAAACUGCAAUGGCCAGCGAAUACUCUCAUCUAGUCUACCCAAUCUUAUCCGGCCAAAGAUGUUGUUCUCCGUCCGCUUUUGCUAUAUCAAAUCUCAACGUCUACUAUUAUAGGUACACACACAAGGAGCUGAGUUCAACUACAGUCGAAUGUCUACAGAAAUAG